AUGACAAAGAGUGCCAUGCAUCUGCUAAAGGCGUCCCCGACAUUGAUCCUUAAGCCUCAGCGGGAGAAGAUCCAGCAGGGUCUUGCUCAUGUUGAGCUUCAAUAUUCUCUAGAUCCACAGCUGAUCCUCGAUUCUCUACGUACCUUGGUGAGCACCAGGAAAGACGUCCAGUCAGUCCUCAACCUAGCCGGUAUGGGCUACGCAAUCUACAAGUCUACCACGAUGGCGAAAGACAAGAAUGGAAACUUUGUCAAGAAGGUUUAUGUGAUCGACCAGCUCACCACCUGCGGUGACACCAUCAAGUCCUUGAUAGAUGGAUUCAGCACCCGCAAAGAUAACAGCAUCGCGGUGGAUGACCCCGGCGCUAUCAAAACACUCACCACAGCCGGAAAUAUCCAAAAGAUCCUCAAUGAGUUCAAGAAUGCCAUUCCAAAGAGCACCCUCGACAAGAUCAACAAAGAGCUAGAAGACUACAUGUCAACCGUGCAAUCUAGAAAUGCAGCCGUGGUGGAAUACAACUGUUGCAUUCAGUUUCUGGCUGAGUCACUCACAGCAGAAGAAUAUUUUACCAAACAAAUCAACAAUCUAGGCCAGCAGGGCCUCCAAAUCAACCAUCUCUCCCGGCUGUUGUUUUCUGGCUCCGCAAGCCGCGCCAUCCGAUACUGGGGCCUCCAGCGAAUCCCCAUCGCGUUUGAUCCCAUGCCAUUGCAGGACUUUGCUUUUCUAGCUGAUGCUCGGCUCAAACUUCGCAAGGUAUUCACAAAAUCACUGGAGCAGUACGCAGCGAAACUCACCAAGCCCGAGCUUGACACCUUGAAAGCAAAGCCCACCUCAUCAGACUCGGGCUAUACCACCUAUCUCCGUCUAAAUCCGGCUACCUAUACCGAAUUCGGAGACCGAAUAGACAUCCGGCUCAGCGAGGUCCGUCUCUGGAUGCUCGGCGUGAAUCUAGAUGCUGAUGUCACUGGACGCAAAAUACUCUCCGUCGAGCUUAUCCACACCGGCGAGGACAUCAUCCAGGAUACCCAUCGCAAGGACUUGAAAUUUUCCCAUGACCAGGUCACCAUCGGAUUCGAUUACGAUGUAUCCAAAGUGACGAACUUGAACGAAGCUCGUACGAAAAACGUCUUCAGCAAGCAGAAUAUCCAAAACGACCACUACAUUGGCGAUAAAGCGGGGAAAAACAGCAUUGCGGCGCUGGGUCCGUUUACCACGUGGAGACUGUCUGUUAAUACAGAUCGAACUAAUAAAGAGCUUGAUAUGAGUGGGGUCACCCGGGCGUUUUUGGAGUUCAGGUGGACCAGUCGGGCAUAUGUGAGAAACUGA